CCUGGAGGAAUUCUGCCCGUCUCUAGACAUUCACUCCCACGCAUGUCUCCCGCUCAACCCAGCCAGGGAGCCCAACGCCAAACAUCAACGAUCGAUUGGCUGCAGAAAAGCGGGAGAGAAUAAUUUCAGCUUCCAUCAAUGAAUUCUUUCCUUGUGAAUCACGACGUCUCUGACUUCUCCAUAGUUUCCUCCUGAGCCUAGGAAAGAGCUCCCUCUGAACGACAAUGUCGCUACUCGCUAUCGACCCUAAUGGAGAUCUCGAGAUCAUCCUAACGCAUCCUCAAUCUGGCAUCCGUCAAUUUACUGAUAAUGGGGAUGUUGAUGGUGCUCCCGGUUCUCAUCCUUUGGAUGAUCGAGCUCUAAAGCCAAGGGGCCUGACCAAAAAAGAAAAAGUGAAGAAGAAACGGCGCGAUCGUCUUCGUUCUCAAUGGGCCGAAGAUCCUCCGCCAGCGCCGCCUGUCGACGAAGCCCCCUCCGUCGAGGAGCCUACUGAAGAAGAGCCAAUCGUCGACGAGGACCCUAAUGACGGAAACGAUCUGGAAAUCAACGGAGACAAGCAUAUUGCCUGCGACUCCACCGCACCCUCUGAACAUUCUGGGUCAGGUGGACUUCGACUACUGGUUUCGUCCAAGCAUCUUUGCCUAGCUUCUUCAACCUUUCGACUGAUGCUUAGUGGGCCUUGGCUUGAAGGAUCCAAGACAGAGACUGGAAAUCGCACUGUCCAAGCUAGUGACUGCGAUGCUGAAGCACUUGUGAUCGUGCUUGACAUCAUGCACGGCAAACACUUUGCAAUGCCGCAAACAGUUGACUUAGAGCUGUUAGCAAAUAUUGCCUGCGUGGUGGACUACUACGACUGUCACGAGGUCGUGGAACCAUUCGUUGACCAGUGGAUCAAGGCGUUGGAGCCCAAACCUCCAACUGCAUAUGGGAGACAAUGCAUGUUGUGGAUGUCCAUAUCCUGGGUUUUCCUCCGCGAGACCGCUCUGAUAAGUAUGGCUCAACUAGCUGUCAUCGGCUGUCGGGGUCACAUCGACGACAUGGGCUUGCCGCUGCCAGAUGUUUUGCUGCGUAGAAUUGAAGAGAAACGAAUAGAGAUGAUAGAGGGGCUUCUCCUCGACCUGAACCGGCUGUGGAGCAGUCUUACCAAAGAGGAGAGCUGUCGUCCUGGCUGCUCCUACAUGCUUCUUGGAGCUCUGACAAGCCACAUGAAGAAAGCUGGCGUCUUCUCUCCCUUACAACAGCCCGAGCCCUACGGCGAUAGCAUCGAGUGGCUACACACGCGAAUCUUAUCAUUCGACAGUCCCACAUUCCGGGAGACUAGCCACAGCCCGUUUCACUCGCAUGCAGACUGUUCAUGUCGACUCAAGACUAGAAUUACGCCUUUAAUCGAUUUGAACCGGGGACUGCUGAAGAAACUCGUCUUAGAGAACAUCUACAGGGGACGGCUACAGCAACGGGAAGAAGCACGGCAAACCGCAUUGGCAUUGAGAUUUUCGUGGCUCCCUUCGACAGCCCCUCACCCUGUUCCGGGAGAUCAUGAGGGUGGGUCUACCACCUCCCUGAUCCGUUCCUGGACGACGACCCAAGGACAGCCACUUAUGGACUUCAGUGAUUAGCACAAGCGGUCUACAUCAGCUUGUACUGGUGCAAGGUGGAAGGUUCUGGAAACCUCCCGCUGACGCAUCCAAGGACUUUACUAAGGCAUCAAUCACCGGAUUAUAUCCACACGAACUACCGGUAAUGCGACCGCCGCAGGGAGUUCAAUUCCAGGCAUGACAUCCAAUUGAGGACGGCACAUUUGGGGUCCGCUCAAAGCAUUCGUCAAUUUGUUCACUUUCGCUUUUCCUUUUGUUGUUCUUGUUCUUGUUCUUGUUCUUGUUCUUGUUCUUGUUCUUGUUCUUGUUCUUGUUCUUGUUCUCCU